AGUUGUUGCUGUAAGCUGAAGCUGUACGCUGUGAGGUGCUGUUUCAAUCUGUCUGUCUAGCAUCGUGCCAUUCAGAUGAACCUGUGGCAUUAAUGUCUCACAGUGUCAGCACCGGUGGUUAGAUUAAGCUAUUUUCAUCUGCUUCUCUAGAAUUGAUUUUAGAGGAGUUCUGAAACUGAUGGCAGUAUUGCCUGAUACCAAAGUCAGGUCACAAGGCUGCUGGCACCCAUCUGCUUGGGAUUGAGCUGCAGGUACAAGUGAGACAGCCUGUCUGGGAAUGCCUUAUGGACUGCUUGGUGUAGCCAAGGGCAGGAUUUGGCUAUGGAGGCAGCAGAGGAGCCAGUUUAUGUGGAUGGAUGUCACCAUUUACCUUUUACAUGCUUUGUGUUUGCUGCUUUCUCUCCCUGCCUCCUGUUUGCGCUGCCUCAGGAAGUGUUUUCCCAUCUCUUAUUGUAGGACUUUUGGAAGCCUUUUGAGACAGGAGCCAUUGGAUCUCCUGUUAGUGGUGUAGCAUGGCUUGCACCAGGCAAAGACUGGGUUUAACACACACGAUGGGACUUUUUCCAGAUGUGACAUGAUGGCCAGAGAGUGACAAAGUCCUCUUAACUAAAACCCAUCUUACUAGCACUCAUAGGACAAACUUUGCUUUCUGUUAUAUAUCCACUGUUGCAGCUUAAUGCCCUCUCAGUGCUAUGGCCAGAAGUUGGCUGCAUAGUUGCCAGACUAAAGUGAUUUUGAAGGCCUUUUUUGGGGUUUUAUGGUAUCGAGUAUUGACUUCUGCCAGAGUCAGAUUCCAGCAUGGUCCAAUGUGGGUAAAGAAAUCAGUUUUUCUGUGGGAUAACACAACCCUUCUGUUGAUCUAGAGAACUGAGCACAGUACCCACCUGUCCUGUCGACAAAGAGACAAUAAAAAUGCAUGAGGUAUUCAAAGACAACUGCUGUAAAAGAGAAGUUCUCAACUUGCACGUGUUCUGCAAAAACAUUCCAAACUGCAACUCGAAAAUCAUGCUGGGACGGUACCAGGAGCAUCUUCAGCAGUGUUUGUUUGAAAGCGUGCCGUGCAGUAAUGAUGGAUGCUGUGACCAAGUUCUUCGGAAAGACCUGGAAGAGCACUUGAGCCAGCACUGUAAAUUCCGAGAAGAGAUGUGUCAGUACUGUAACAAAUAUGUGGUGUUGGUUAACAUCAAGAAUCAUGAGAAAAAUGACUGUCCUGAUUAUCCUGUGCCUUGUCUCCAUAACUGUUCCCAAAUCAUUCUGAAAAAAGAGACUGAAAAGCACCAUGCUGUGUGUCCUGAGGUGGAAGUGGACUGCCCCUAUAGGCAGUACGGCUGUCUUGUAAAGGUUAAAAGAGGGAAACUUGCUGAACAUGAGAACGGUGCCCUGAGAGAGCACAUCCUGCAGAUCUUAGACAAGAACUCCCAGUUGGAAGAGCAGAUAACUGACCUGUAUAAGAGCCUGGAAUGCAAAGAGAUUAAAAUCCAGCAGCUAGCGGAGGCCAUUAAAAAGUGUGAGAAAGAACUGAGACAGUUUACACAACUGCUUGGUAAAAAUAGCAACUUGAUGGUAAGCACACAGGCUCUGGCCAGUCACCUGGAUAAAUCUGCACGCUUGGAGUCACAAGUGAAACAGCUAAUACAGAUGGCAAACCAGCAGCAAAGCAAAUUAGAUUUGCAACCUCUGUUCGACAUGAUUGAGAAUGUAAAACAGAAGAUUGCCCUGAUGGAGACAUACGAUCAGCGCUUGGUUGUUUUGGAAGGCCAGUCCAGCAAACACGAUCUCCAGAUCAACAUUCACAAAGCACAGCUCAAUAAAAACGAAGAACGCUUUAAGCUUUUGGAAGGCACGUGCUACAAUGGGAAAUUAAUCUGGAAAAUCACAGACUACAAGACGAAGAAGAAGGAAGCAGUGGAAGGCCGCGUCCUCUCCAUAUUCAGCCAGCCCUUCUACACCAGCCGCUGCGGGUACCGGCUGUGUGCGAGAGCCUACCUGAACGGGGAUGGCUCAGGGAAGGGAACGCACGUCUCCCUUUACUUUGUAGUGAUGAGAGGGGAGUUCGAUUCGCUGCUACUGUGGCCUUUCAAGCAAAAAGUCACACUUAUGCUUUUGGACCAAAGUGGGAAAAAAAAUCACAUUGUGGAAGUCUUUCGAGCCGACCCCAACAGCAGCAGCUUCAAAAGGCCGGAUGGAGAGAUGAAUAUUGCCUCCGGGUGCCCACGCUUCGUGCCACACGCGGUCCUGGAGAACACAAAGAACACCUACAUCAGAGAUGACACUCUCUUUCUGAAAGUGGUUGUGGAUUUAACUGAUCUGGAGGAGCUGUGAAAAGCGCUCCUGGUCAGUGUGACUGCUUUAACCAACAAGGAAUGUUUUCUUGGUGACCACCAGCCAUGCGAUACUAAAUUAUCACUAGUCAAGACACUGAUACUGUUUUGAGGCUUUUGGACUGCGUAACAGGCAAUAAAGUGCCAAAGCAUCAGACUUCCUUCCCUUUUAUAACCCUUUUUUCCAGACUGCAUUUUCCAGACAGCUGGAAGUCCAGUUUGAUGCAACAUGCAUUUGAUCCACUCUCGGCUCAGCCCAAGCUAGGGGGAAUCCUUGGCUCCCAUCACCAGACUGGCAUUUGGAAAUGAAACUCCUCCAGUAAGCUCCCUGGAGCCCAAGCAGGCCUGUGGGCUCCUGUCAUUCACAUAGAACUGAAGCCUUACCCAUGCAUGCAACUGCAUUUCACCUGUCUGAAAUGGAAGCAUUUCAACAGCAGCACGUUUGAAUCAAAGUACCUUGAUCCCCCCAUCUCCUGGAUUUUUGCACCUUUUCUUGUUGUAACUGUGUUUUCCAGAAAGCCCAGAGGAAGAUGCCAAUGCCUCUUACUUUUCUAGCCUGGUAUCUCAGCUGUAUAGAGUACUCCCAGCUCACAAUAGCUUUGUUACGUCCUUUCCAUUCCUGCCUAGUGCCUUGGGACUGAUUUCCACUGGUGUUAAAUAUCUACAGUCCCCACUGAAGUCAAAAGAAGCUGCAGGUGCUUCUCACCUCUCAGGACAUGGCCAGAAGCAGGGUCCUUGGCCAGCUGGGCAAAGAGGGGCACAACUCCUGUACUUUUGCUCCCCCAUCUGCACAGAAGAGAUGUUUUCUGGCUUACCAUCUCUCCAAAAGGCAGGAAAAGCUUUGGGUAUCUGCUUAGAAAAAGCCCAUGUAACAUGCACUAUUUCCCUCUGCUAGGAAUUCAGACGUUUGGGAAAGAAGGGAGGAAAUGGUUUAGAAGUGAGGUUGCUGUAAGAGCCCCAUUCUCACAGGCUGGGCAGCUCUAGCAUUAGUUAAAGGGCGAGAUAGCCACUGAGUAACAACUGAUAACUAUGAAGCAUGUCUGAAGGUGUUCAUUUCUAUUCCAGGUUCCUUCCAUACUGCAAGGGAAUGCAGGCAUUGCAUGGGGUUUAUUGGAGAUGCACUAAACCCACCACACCACCAGCAGGCACUGAAGAAUGAGUGAUAACCAACACACGUGCCUUUGUAAAGCCUUUUGGGUGCCUGCAAGAGGGAUGUAAUUUUGCACACUCGCUCAUUUUGUUGUUACAAGUGACAGAAUGUUGUGCCUCUCACCUCUCACAGACCAGGUAGUGAAACACCACAGCGUUAUCCAUUGCUCCUGCAGUCCACUGCCAGAGCAAAACUGGAGCUUGUCAAGAGACAGCAAGAAAUCAAGCUGGGCUUUGAGUACCAGUAGACUAGGCAGGAUAAACACCAACACAGGGCACAGACUACAAGCUAUGAGGAAGGGAGUUCAAGAGAGCAAAUGUGGCGGAACCAAAACCACCCUUUCUCUGAGGGAUGUUGAUAACUGAAAUAACAUGAUUUGGGGACUGAUGGCAAGAGGAAGGCAAAACACCGCGUAUUUUGUACCUGCCAUCCUACUGCUAGGCCUUGACUUUCCCCCAUGGUUUCUAAGAUGUAAUUCAGCCAUGGAUGUGUUUGAAUUCAGGGGCAGGUUGGUUAUCUGUACCUCACAGUGGGUUAGCACAUCUGGAAUCUCUGGUUGAUCUACAUGUUCUUUAUGUUGUACGGUGUUGUAUGGGUCACCAUAGGGUUUUCCAUGUUCCCACAGACACAGGGUAAGGAAUGGAUUUUAUUCCCCUUGUACCGCUGUGACUUUGAGUCACUUGGGCCCUACAACAGAGACAAUCAGGCCUCGUGUCCCUAAUGCUUCACUACAGAAAGAGCAAGCUUGGUUUGAAAAUGGUGUGGCAUUCUAGGCCAUCAAUCCUGAGCCUCGGGCAUGUCAAUUACUACUUGACUAUUCGGCACAUACCUUUCAAAGCGGCCCAGUUUGCAGGAUAACCACUAAUAAUGAACACACCACCCCUUUUUCCUGGGAUUCUCCAGUAUGUUGAGUGUAAAAUAAGAAAGCGAUAAAGAACUUGGACAGUUGAGGGAGGCAAGACAGAAAAGAUUUGGUUUGUAUCCUGGCAAAUUCCCAGCCCUCUCUGCCUCCACCCCCAGCAGUAUCAAACGGGAAUGAUACCACCUGCAGAAGCGUUAGGGCUAUUUAAAUGUUUGUGAAGAGUUUGGAGCAUGAAAAGAGCUAUGUAGUAUUAUAGAGCUUUAUUAUAGAGUAGGGGAUGGCAUAGUGAUGUGGGUGUUAAGUGUGUUCCUAGAUAGGUUUUGGAAGCAUGUUUGCUUUUAACCGGUCUGUACCACAAUCCCUCCUCUACCCCCAGCUGGGUUUAUGGGUUUUUGCCAUGGAUAUUCCUUUUCCAAUUUUGAAGCACAAACUCUUCAUCCUGGGUGAUGGCAACAUCCCGGAACACUGCCUGUUUUAUAGUGUUAGCUGAGGAAACGGGCUUUUUUAAAGCCAGCCUUCUUCAGAUUUGUUCUUUUUAUUACAACAAUUGAGAGAUUUAUGUUAAAAUUUUCAGUGGUUUGGUUUUUUUUUUUUUACUACUUGUAAACCAAAGUUUAAAUUUCAUCCCAUUGCUAACAAGGAAACCAGUGUUGUGUGGCAUGGACUGUCGGGAAGGGUUUUGAUGUCGCAUGAAAAACACCAACAAGCCUCCUAAUCCUAUUGUACUGGGUGAGUGCCCAAAAGAGCGCCGGGUAUUUCUGCAUCACACACAGUGUAUUUCUAAUGUAUUUAUGCACACUUUGUAGUUGUUUGGAUCUCUUGCUACAAUCCAGGCAUUUUUCUAGCCAAAUGCCAUCACUGUGCACAUAAACUACCAUAAGAAUAAAGGAUUUUACCAUC